CUGUUUCAGUCACCUCCAUUGAUUUGCGAACAAGGACCUUCAGCGCCGUCAUCGCCAACGUCACCUCGACUUCGACGACCCUUUCCUUUGACUGAAGACGCAAUGCAUCGAAUCAAUUUACUGAGUUCCGGUUAUGAAUACGGCAAACUUUCACCGAUGUCAACAUAUGCGACAUCGGAUCUUGGCUCUAGCCCUAGAUCAUCGAUCAGCGUUACAUCAGCGAACUUGUCGCCAUGGAUAAACUUUCGUGAACAUCAUAAAAGCAGUUUUGAUCUCGACGAUGGUGCUUCGGAUGUGUGCAGCAAGGAUCUGCUAUCGCCCGGUAUGAUGUUGUCACCAGCACCAUAUUCUCCAUUCUCAGAUUGUGAGGAUACUGAGACACCAUAUUCCAUCUAUGCUCGAUCACCAAAUCUCUCUCCGAACCCGCUAACCCGCAGCUUCAAUCACUUC